AUGGCAACAUCAUCUUCUGAUGCAAGUGCUGCUAGCGAAGCAAGUUCCAGCAGUGGAGCGACAAGUACCACCACCGAAGCAAAUGUUAUUGAUGAAGAAUUACUGAAGCUUUGCAAAAAGAUGAACGACAGUUCGACGAAAUAUGCCUGCAAGCGCGAUGGCAAGCAUUUCUCAAAGGUGUCUGAGUGCGAAAGUCAUUGCAGAGAUCGUCCGGAACUCUGCCGACUCGAGCAUAUUGACAAUGAAGACAAGCUUAUCUGCGUGCGCAACAGGAGCAUCAGUUACGAUGUCUGGGAUCAAAGGAAAUGUGAGGAAGAAUGCAGUGAAAUACAAAUACGUGGAAGUCCUUUACCAAAGACGACGACAGUCACAACUUCAAGCACUGAAGCAGGUUCUAGCACUGAAGCGGAAACUACCACCAGCGAAACAACGACUACAACUGAAGCUACGACUCCAACUCUCACAACAACCACUUCCACCACAACAACUACUACCAACACUACAGAAACUCCUAUUCUCAGCAGUAUAACCACGACUAGCAGCGAAGUUACUACGACAGAACCGAUGACACCACCGCGAAGUAAGUUAAUCUACUUUUAG